AUGGUGAAGGUUAGGAAUAAUUUGAAUGCUGUUCGGGUUCUUUACUCUGGUGAAGGGGCUCGGCUUGAGUCUAGGAGGGAGAUUGUUGAGGAAAUUGAGUUGGUUAAGGGGUAUUGGAGGAAGCGUUUGUCCUCUCGUGCUAUAAAUGUGGAUUUGCAGAAAACGUUUGAUUCCCUUCAUUGGGGGUUAGUGAUUAAUGUUCUGAAAGCUUAUAAUUUUACUGAGUUAUUUGUGGAGUGGAUUAGAGGGCAAGAGGGGAGUGAGGCAAGGGGAUCCACUGUCCCCUUAUCUCUUUGUUUUAGCGACGAGUGUGCUCUCAUUGAUGUUGGAUGCUGCUGUUGCGGGGAAGAGAUUACUAGGUUUAAGAUUGGUCUAUUGUCAGUUCGUUAUUUAGGAGUUCCCUUAGUGACGAGAAGGCUUACUGCUAAGGACUGUGCUCCUCUCAUUGGAAAGGCGGUUGACAGGGUUAAUAGUUGGGCUUCUAAGAUGCUUUUCUUUGUUGGGCGUCUUCAACUGAUUCAAAUUGUGCUCUAUAAUAUUCAAGCUUAUUCGGGUAGGCAUUUUGUGCUGCCUAAGGGGGUUGUUAAGAGGAGUGCUAAUGGGGCUCGGAUAAAUUGGGAUAAGAUUUGUAGGUUGAAGGAGGAGGGUGGGCUUGGUUUGAGGGAUUUGGGUGAGUGGAAUAGAGCUAGCAUUAUCCAGCAGAUUCGUGCUUUGGUUAUAAAGUCUGAUACUUUGUGGGUACGGUGGGCGGAUGCUUAUGUUCUUAAGGGUAGGUCGUUUAUGGAAUUUGUUCCUGUUUUGGGCUGCAGUUGGUUCUGGAAGAAGCUGGUGAAGCUAAGGAGUGUGGCCGCUCAAUUUAUUGAUCCGGGGUCGGGGGACUGGAUCGGUUCAGGGAAGGCCGAGGAGGCUUGGCAGCGUACUCGAUGCAAGAUCGAUUGCCUACGAAGAUGGGGUGUUGUGGAGAGUGCUGGAUGUUAUUUUUGUCUGAAUGGCGUGGAUGCUAGGGAUCAUAUAUUUUUUGCGUGUGAGCAUGGCAGGAGGAUUUGGGGGGAAAUUUUGAAGUUUUGUGGUCUGAACAGAGCUGUUUGGGAGUGGCGUCAGGAGUUGGUUUGGGCGUUGGCUAGGUGCAGAGGUAGGACUGCCUUUUCGAUUCUUUUUAGGCUUGCGUGGAGUGCGUACGUGUAUCGUGUUUGGAGGGAGAGGUGCUUUCGAGCUUUUGGUGGCAGGGCGAGGGGGAGUGAGGUCCUGGUGAGGGAAAUUCGUGAGGAUGUUUGUUUGCGACUUGCAGGCACUAGGCGAUGGGGAGUAUUAGUCCAAUGA